GUGUUUGAAAAUAUAUUCCACGAAACUUUUGCAAUUGCGAUUAUGGUAGAAAAGAUGGACGUGGCUCCCAAUCUCCAAACACACCUUAGUUUCUUAUGCGAUGUAUGCUCUGUUCCUUGUAAUCUAAGGAAGAUGGGAGAAGAGAAGCUUAUGGUUCGGCCAUUUCCAUAAGCUUUCUCACCCUCAUCGCGCCUCUCUCUCUCCAAAUACCAUCUCCGCUCCCAUCGCCACUGGCUUUUCACGUAAUCUCUUCCUCAUCGAGUACAUUCUCCACCACAUCAACGCGGUCCUUCUAUACACAGCCAUGGCAUCUAUCACUGUAGCCACUUUGAUCUACGCUCUCUCCCGCAGAACAUAUUACUCUGUUCUUCGUCCCCGUCUCUAUAUCUGUUGGAUCGUCCUUUUCGCGGUCCAGGCUUGCAUUGACCUCGGACUCAGAGUAACCAUGUCGGUGAAUUCCGACACCGGAUCGUUUUUUGUGUCGCAAGAAAGAUUGGUCGACGACACAAGUGGUCGGAGAAAGGCGUUGUGGCGGUGGAAGCUUCGGGAUGAAGCGGAAGGUCAGGCGGAGCUCAAGGAUAAGCUUCUGAUCGACCUGGAAGUUUUCAAUUUCCUGAAUUGGUGGAUUUAUUGCCUCUGUUUUGUGAUUGGGAUCGUUAAGAUUUUGGGAUUGUUUUCGUGGGUUAGGGAUGGAGUGUUAGCCAGUAAAAGAACCAGAAAGAAUUAUGAAUCCAUGGAGGAGGACAGUGUCUGAGUUUUUUUUUUAAAAAACUGUUGGGCUUCCUAACAGAUUCGGCCCAUUUAAGCCCAUUAGUGGCUUCAAAAUAUUUAUUUAUUGGGCUUUCUAAAAUGGGUUUGGGCUUUAGAAAAAGUAGACCCAUUAGUGGCUUCGCUUUGUCCAGAUUCUCCCUCGUUUAGUGAAAUACAUAAAAUGGAUAAAUACGAAAAAUAGGCCGAGA